AAUUCCGAAGUGAGUCGCGGCGGCUCGCAAGUAAUAAAAGGAGUUGGGUUGGCAUUGGUUGAGUCGCUUAGGCAUUGAAUUUGAAGCAGCACUCCAUGGCUUCCUCAACUCUGUUUCAGCCUCUCCCAUUCUGCCUCAAAACCCCAAACCCCAACAAACCCAAACCCCAACCCCACCGCCGCUUCAUCAUCCGCGCCCAAUCCCCUUCCGCUUCAGCCUCCGCCGCCAAGCCCCAGCGCCGCCCCGCCGACGAGAACAUCCGCGACGAGGCCCGUCGCGUGAACGCCCCCCACGAGCACGGCCUGUUCUCGGCCAAGUACGUGCCCUUCAACGGCGACCCCUCCUCCCCGGAGUGUUACUCGCUGGACGAGAUCGUGUACCGGUCCCAGUCGGGCGGGCUCCUGGACGUGCAGCACGACAUGGAGGCCCUGAAGCGCUUCGACGGUCAGUACUGGCGCUCCCUCUUCGACUCCCGCGUGGGCAAAACCACCUGGCCCUACGGCUCCGGCGUCUGGAGCAAGAAGGAGUGGGUCCUCCCCGAGAUCCACCACGACGACAUCAUCUCCGCCUUCGAAGGCAACUCCAACCUCUUCUGGGCCGAACGCUUCGGCAAACACUUCCUCGCCAUGAACGACCUCUGGGUCAAACACUGCGGCAUCAGCCACACCGGCAGCUUCAAGGACCUCGGCAUGACCGUCCUCGUCAGCCAGGUCAACCGCCUCCGCAAAAUGAACCGCCCCCUCGUCGGCGUCGGUUGCGCCUCCACCGGCGACACCUCCGCCGCCUUGUCCGCCUACUGCGCCUCCGCCGGCAUCCCUUCCAUUGUUUUCCUCCCCUCCAACCGCAUCUCCUUGGCUCAACUCGUUCAGCCCAUCGCCAAUGGUGCUUUUGUCUUGAGCAUUGACACCGACUUCGAUGGUUGUAUGCAGUUGAUCAGAGAGGUCACCGCUGAGUUACCUAUCUACUUGGCCAAUUCUCUCAACAGUUUGAGACUCGAGGGGCAGAAAACCGCUGCCAUUGAGAUUCUUCAGCAGUUUGAUUGGCAGGUUCCUGAUUGGGUCAUUGUCCCUGGUGGCAACCUCGGCAACAUUUAUGCAUUCUACAAAGGCUUUCAAAUGUGCAAGGAGCUUGGCCUUGUCGAUAAAAUUCCCAGGCUUGUCUGUGCUCAGGCCGCAAAUGCUGAUCCUUUGUAUUUGUAUUUCAAGUCUGGCUGGAAGGAGUUUAAGCCCGUCAAGCCCACCACCACCUUUGCCUCUGCUAUUCAAAUUGGGGACCCCGUUUCCAUCGACAGGGCGGUUCAUGCUUUGAAGAGUUGCGAUGGGAUUGUGGAGGAGGCUACCGAGGAGGAGUUGAUGGAUGCUAUGGCUCAGGCGGAUUCCACUGGGAUGUUUAUCUGCCCCCACACUGGGGUUGCUUUGACUGCCUUGUUUAAGCUUAGGAACAGUGGGGUUAUCAAGGCUACGGAUAGGACUGUGGUCGUCAGCACUGCCCAUGGAUUGAAGUUUACUCAGUCCAAGAUUGAUUACCAUUCCAGGGAUAUCAAGGACAUGGCUUGCCGCUACGCCAACCCACCCAUGCAGGUCAAGGCCGACUUUGGAUCGGUUAUGGAUGUUUUGAAGACGUAUUUGCAGAGUAAGGCUCAUUAGGUUAGCAUUGCAAGUUUUGUUCCCCCUCCUGAGCUGAUCAUCAUUAUAUUUACUGCUGCUGCUGCUACUGUAUUUUGUCUUUUCUAUUAGCUAGGUUUGAGUGUUGUAAUAAUCUGCUUGCUGCAUUAUGUAUGCUGCUCUAUAUUGGGGCAUGCUUAGAUUUUGUUGUAGGUUUUCUUUGUUGAGCAUUUGUCAGCUCCCAUAGAAAAUUGAAUUGGAUACAAUGAGGAAUGCAUAUUGUUGGCUUGUUACUGAAUUCCAGCCACCCCCAA